AUGUUUGGACUAGGGAAGUUAUUCUACGUGGUAGUUUUAACAAUAAAUGGUAUAGCUGUACUAAGUGAAGAUAGAUUUUUAAAUAGAAUUGGUUGGGGAUCUACAACAUCAUCAAAUUCAAAUGGUAAUAUACAAAAUCAAUUUAAUCAAUUUCAAACAGGAUUAGAUAGUAGUGAAGGUUCAGUAAAGAAAAAAUUAAUAAAUCUAAUAAGUGCUGUUAGAACUUUAAUGAGGAUACCUUUGAUUGCUGUAAAUAUUGCAAUUAUAUUGUAUGAGAUUAUAUUGGGUUAA